GAAUUAACGCAAUUUUGUUAUUUGUUGUUUUUGUUUUUGUUUUUGUGGCCCAUAUUUUUUUCUUUCAUUUCGGUAUUCAUAAUCACGUUUUGACGUCGUCGUUCGGUUGGUGGAUAUAUGUGCCAUACGAUUUGUAUGUUUUAUCCAUGCAGACACAUCUCCAUUCUUCGUCUGUAUGCUAAUUAUGUCUAUGUAAAGCAUUACAACAUAGCUUAUUGUCAUUAUGUUGUGUCGAAACUUUCGUAACAACAUAAAUCGGGAAACAUAUGGUCGCCGCGAUAUUAAUGUUGUUGUUUAUAUUCCAUAAUAAUCAUUGUAGAGUGUAAACAACUGAGUACCUUCUUUUGUUUUCUAACAGUGUAUCCGAAAAAUCGAGUGAAAAUAGAAACAAAACAAAAAUAUUGACUUAUAUUUGGAAAAUUAAAAAUAAAUCAAUUUUUGUGUUCGGCUUUUAUGUGCGACGGAAUAUUGGCGUAUUAACGUUAGCGAAAGGGUCGAAAUUUAAUUUCAUUCGUUCGGUUCGGUUCCGUUGUGUUGUGCAGUUUUUCUUUCAAUGCUAUUCUCGGCAUAAAAUGUAAUUGCGUGCAUUUUUUCCGUUCUAUAAUCAUUCCCCACCACGCUUUCGAGUGAACCAAUAACAAACCCUUAUUCUCUCGUAAUAAUUUGUUUACGUUUUGAAAAUUAUCACAGCAAUUAGUGAGCGGUUAACGAAUUAAAGCAUAAAAAGCGGACAACGAGUGAAAGGAAACUAAAUACAAAAACAAAUAAAAGAUGAGAGAAUAUCAAGACUUUGGCCAAUUUCAUUUCCAUUGGGCCGACUAUGUUGUGUUCGUGCUGAUGAUUGUUCUAUCAACAGGAACAGGUGUUUACUAUGGAUACUUCAGAAAAGAAAAAGUUGGCAAAAAGAUACCACACAUUGAUGUGGAGGCCACCAAGGCAAAGAGGACCACGGAUUUUGGUUCUUCGAAGAUGAAUGAAUACCUAUUGGGAUCAAGAAAAUUAAAAAUUUUCCCAGUAGCCAUGAGUCUGGUCGGUAGCUAUGUAUCAGGUGUUACCAUACUCGGUACCGUGUCGGAGAUCUAUAAUUUUGGUACACAAUAUUGGUUGAUUAUUGUAUCAAUUGUAUUUAUGGCCAUUGCUGUAUCGAAGGUAUAUUUGCCGGUUUUUGCUGCUCUACGUGUUGGGUCCUCCUACGAGUAUUUAGAGAUGCGCUUUAAUCCAACAAUUCGAAGCAUUGCCUCCAUAAUGUUUGUAAUGGAUGAAAUUUUCUUCUUGCCAAUCAUUUUGUAUGUUCCUGCGAUAGCAUUUAGUCAAGUGACCGGUGUGAAUACCCACAUUGUAAGCGGCGUUAUUUGCGUCAUUUGUGUAUUCUAUACCCUCAUAGGUGGCAUCAAGGCUGUGGUCCAUACUGAUGCCUGGCAAAUUAUUGUCAUGUUCAUUUCGGUGGUUAUCGUUGUGAUUUUGGGAACAAUUUAUGCCGAUGGUUUUACAGACAUAUUCAAAACUGCUGCCGAUGGCGGUCGUAUUAUAUUUGGAAACAUUAACCCAUCGCCAUAUGAACGUCAAUCUUUGUGGGCUGUAUUGAUCGGUGGCUUUUUCUAUUGGACAUCUUUUAAUUCGGUGAACCAAACAAUGGUACAGCGUUAUAUGUCAUUGCCUUCGCUGAAGAAAGCCCAAUGGUCUGUGGCCAUAUUUACAAUUGGCAUUGUACUAUUUAUAUCAGUUUGCUGCUUUGCUGGACUGUUGGUCUAUAAUUUUUAUAGAAAUUGUGAUCCUUUGACGGCUGGUUUAAUUUCGAAUGACGAUCAACUCCUGCCGGUCUAUGUUAUGCAAACGGUUGGUAACUUACAUGGCAUUCCUGGUUUAUUUAUUGCCGGUGUAUUCGGUGCUGCUCUUAGCUCAUUGUCCGUCGUUUUAAAUUCCACUGCUUUAGUGGUCUUGGAAGAUAUUGUCAAAGGCUGUUUCCGUUUUAAGCUUUCGGAAAAAUCAUCCGCAAUUGUUGUCAAAACAUGUAUUGUUAUUCUGGGUGGUAUAGCGGUGUCGCUCGUGUUUGUGCUGGAAAAGUUAAGCGGUAUUUUGAGUGUAGCAACAUCGGUAACGGCAAUUGCCGCCGGUACUACAUGCGGUCUCUUUACCUUGGGUAUGCUGGUACCUUGGAGUAAUCCUAAAGGAGCUUUGGCUGGAGCUAUUGCUGGCGCCAUUAUGUCUGGUUGGAUAUCAUUUGGUUCACAGAUAUCCUUUGCAAAGGGUGAUUUGGUAUCACAAAAACUUCCCAUUUCUGUUGCUGAUUGUCCGGCCAACAUGACUCUACCCGAUGAUACAUACUACGAUGAAUCGGAUGUAUUUCCCUUGUAUAGGUUAUCAUUCCAUUGGAUAAAUCCAAUUGGCAUUGCAUCUACGAUUCUUGUUGGAACUGUGGUGUCGUUUUUGACGGGACCAACUGUGGUGAAAAAGUUGGAUGCUGAUGUUCUAUCGCCAGUCAUUCACAAAUUUUUGCCUAAAGAGUGUUUUCCGCCCUCGGAUUCGGAUAGUGAUUUAACCAGGGAGAAUACCGCCCAAACAUUAACCCACCUAUUGGGCAAUUCCACAGCUGGUGCAAACACAGGCGCUGAAAUUGAUUCUGGAGAGGAUAAUAUGGGAAAAGGUGCAAAAUAUUAAAUUAUGUUUAUAUAUAAUAUAUAGGACAAUCAAUACCUUGCCAAAUUUAGCGAAUACAAAAUAUAUAAUUAGUCAAUACAUAUAUAACUUCCAUAAACCUAUCUACAUUACUAAAAAUGAAAUAAGAACUUUAUUCGAAAAAAAAUGCAUAAAUAUUCAUGGCGCAUUUGUAAACUUAACUGAAACAACAAUCUAUAUUUUUCAAGGGGAUUGGAAAAUUGCACCAUUUGAGCAAGGACUUACUUGUCUAAUCGGGAAAUAUUUAUGAAAGGAGAGUAGGACAAAAUAUCUGUUUUGUUCAAGAAUAUGGGUGCCAAGUAAUUGAUAUGAAUUGAAAAAAAACUAUCGCCGCCUAAAUAAAAUAAAGACGUAAAAUCUGCAGUAAUAGUGCAUUGUGCCAUGAACAAUCACUUAAAUAAUAUACAUAUAUAGAUAUGGACUUAUGUACGUAUAUGGCUGGCAUGUGGUUCCAAGACCACAAAUUAUAUUUUGUGGAAUUAAUUAUUAAGUUAUAUAUUACUAUACAUAUAUACUUUUAGGUUUAGUUGUAUAAUUAGUAUUUAUAUUUAUGUAAUAUUUGUUAAGUGCAAAUUUUAAGUUGUAAUAGUUUAUUUUUUAGUUACUUACAUAGGAGAAUUUUGAAAAUUCCUUUUGUUAACUAGUUUUAUAUAUUAUUUAGAGAUUUCCAAUACAAAGAUAUUAUUGGCUGCAAAUUAUUAAAAAAUAGUUUUCAAAAAAAUUUAAAUUAUAGAUUAUCGCAUUUGUAUAGCAAAAUGUUAAUAAUACAAAAUUACAUAAUUUAUAUUAUUUCCUUCCUUUGGAGUCUGGACAAAUUCGAAAAUUGAAGCGAUCCUUAAAAAAACUUUUUUUCAAUUAUGACUAAAUAAUAUGUUCCGUUAAGUAAUCGAAAACAUAUGCUCCGUAUGUACGUAACAAAGCCUAAUAUAGCCCAUCGAAGUUACACAAACAACUUAAAGUAAACUACUCUUCUGAAACUUUCUGUUUUUUUUCUCUUCUCUUUGAAACUUAUCUGAAACUUUCUAUUAAAUUUGGCCAUUUUAGAUCAAUGCAAAUUUAGUGUAAAAUCGGAAAAUGAAUAUGCUUUGUUAGAGAAUUAAAAUAUUUAUAUAGUUCAGACUUUUUAUAUUUUUACAAAAAAAAAAAAUUCUCCACUCAUUACAAACUUGUUGCAAUAGAUCCAUUUUAAAUGGUUGAAUAUCAUUACUUAAGUCUACCUUAAUAUAUUUUCUUUUAAAAAUAUAUAAAUUAUUAGUCAUCAGGCAUCAGACUUACUAUUUUAAUUUUAUGACUUAAUUUCAACACAUACAUAGAUAUACACGAGUAAAACAAUAAUAAUAAUAAUAACACUGAAGACAAAUUUUUAUUCACGAAAAAAAUAUCUGUGAUAAAAUUACUGGUAUUUUUAUGUUUAUAUACAAAUAUAUAAAUUGAACAUAACACGUAAAUAUGUACAAGAAAAGCCAAUGCAGCAUAAAAUUACAAAUAAAUGAUUUUAUUGAAUAAAUAAUGAAUUAAUUUCUAACAA